AUGUCUCAAUCUGAAUUAGCUAUUGACGCUACGAUUUUAGAUUGCCAUAAAGUUCAGCUGGAGAAUACGAAAUAUUACGUGUAUUCAAUUAAAGUAAUACUACAUUCUGGCGAAACCCAUGUCAUAUAUCGCAGAUUUCGCCAAUUUAAUGGCCUCUUACUACAUUUGGAACGCCGAUUUCCAUUAGAGGCUGGUAAGGUCAAUCCACAAGAUCGAAUACUACCUACUGUGCCAGGUAAAAUAAUAUUUGGUAGGAGCGCUAAACGCGAAGUUGCUGAAAGGAGAUUACCUCUUUUAGAUCGCUACGUAAGGGAGUUACUAAGUCUGCAUCGCAAAAUAUCACAGUGCGACUUGAUCCAGUCAUUUCUGCGACAAAAUAAGGAAGACUAUGAUUUACAUAAACAAUUCUCUCACAGCCUUACUGAACAUUUUGCUUUAAGGAAUCAAGCUGGUAGUAGUCCUAAGUUAGCUCGCAGGAAACCUGAGGCAACAACGGCUGCUUCGAGAAGAAGAGUAUCAGAACCGACUAUUGGUGUACAUACAGAAUCUUUACUUAAAUUAAUUUCAACCAAUGCUAAACGCGACUCAGAUUCUGAAGAAGAAAUCGAUUAUAGUUAUGAAGAUUUUGUAAGGGUUAUUAAUUACCACUACAACGGUUGCGUGAAUGAAAUUGAAAUUAAUUCGGAGUUUUUUUAUAAACCAAAAUUCGAAGACCUAUUUUUCUUAAUUAGCCAGCGUAUCGGUAAAUUCGAAAUUACGCUUAAUUAUAUUGAUUAUGAAGGCGAUCUUAUCGCUAUAAUGUCGGAUGAAGAACUGGAUAUUAUGAUUGAGGAACUUGCGCAAGGCAAUGGAGAAAAAUCUUACGAAAUUCCUUGGCAAAUCUAUGUGACAGAUCUUGGGGACUUUUCGAGUUAUAAUACUGACAUUAUUAGUUGA